GGCUGGAACGCUGGCUGCGGGGGACCCAGGAGCCGACCGUCUGGAGCCGAGGACGUCCACCGGGAUCGCCAAGCAGGAUGGCUUUGGGGAUCUUUGCAAAUUGUACGUUCUGCUUGAAAGUCAAACACUUACCUCGUCAAGAGAAGAAGAAGCUGCAGGCUGAUAUCAAGGAGAAUGGAGGAAACUUUUCAUUUUUAUUAAAUCCUCAGUGCACACAUGUGAUCUUAGACAAUGCUGACGUCCUGAGUCGGUAUCAGCUGAGCUCCAUCCAGAAGAAUGAUGUCCAGAUUGCAAGCCCAGAUUUCAUAUGGGACUCCAUCAAGCAGAGGAGACUCCUGGAUGUGAAGAACUAUGAUCCCAAGUUACUGGCUGUCGUGUCCCCUCCAGAUGACAAGAGCUGUGUUGGUGAGGUUAUCAUGUCCCCUCCAGAUGACAAGAGCUGUGUUGAGGUGGAAACAGAAGAUGUGUCUUUGGACAACACACCAGAGAAUGAAAACACUGACGUCACCCAGGUUUCUGUGGAAAACGUCAAAAUUCCUCAUUUUCUUCAAGACUUUGAAGUUGUAAAGUAUAACGUCUUGGAAAAAGUGGGAGCGGACAGAGGCCAGGAGACUGUGGUAGUAGAGCUGCAGUCUUCCCAGGGCCCCGGGGGCUGCCCCUUUGUGAUAUCAGCGCACUUCCUCCUGGCUGACAGCGCGCAGACGAGAAGAGAGAGCACCGGAAAGCAGACCUCUGAAGGCGCCAGUGAAUAUUAUGACCACUAUAUUGAAGACCUGAAGAGACAAGGAUUUCUGCUCCAAGAGCGCUUCACAGCAGAAGCAACACAAUUAGCAUCUGAAAAGCUGCAAGCAUUGCUUUUGGAGGAGGUCAUAAGUUCAGGCGCUUUGAGCCAGGAGGUGAGCGCUUUGGUGGAGAUGAUCUGGGCAGAAGCUCUGGGGCACCUGGAGCACACACUUCUCAAGCCAGUGAACAGCAUAAGCCUGAAUGACGUGAGUAAAGCAGAGGGGGUUCUCCUUCUCAUAAAAACAGCACUGAAGAAUGGAGAACCAGCAGAGCAACUGCAGAAGACGAUGGCCGAUUUCUACCGACUGAUUCCUCACAAACACCCGGCAUCCGAAGAAGUUAACCUGAGGUUGUUAGCUCAGAAAGAGGACCUUUGUCAGCUAGUGAGAGACAUGGUGAAUGUUUGUGAAACUCAUCUAUCCAAACCCAACCCGCCGUCUCUUGCCAAGUACCGAGCCUUGAGAUGCAAAAUCGAACAUGUUGAACAGAACACUGAGGAAUUUUCCAGGGUUAGAAGAGAAGUGUUGCAGAGUAAUCACGGUGAGAGUCCAGGAGAUGUCUUGCAGAUAUUUAGAGUUGGCAGAGUGAACGAAGCCACAGAGUUUUUGAGCAAACUGGGCAACGUACGGUCCUUAUUCCAUGGAUCUUCCGUGCGGAACAUUCUUGGAAUCUUGUCCCGAGGACUGCUUUUACCUAAAGUAGCCGAAGACCGUGGUGUGCAAAGAACAGACCCUGGAAAUCUGGGAAGCGGCAUUUACUUCAGUGACUCACUCAGUACAAGCAUUAAGUACUCACAUGCGGGAGAGACAGAUGGCUCCAGACUCCUGGUUGUCUGUGAUGUUGCCCUGGGAAAGUGUAUGGACUUAUUCAAGAAGGACUUUUCUUUAACCAAGGCACCUCCGGGCUAUGACAGUGUGCAUGGAGUUUCGAAAACAGCCUCUGUCCCCACAGACUUUGAGGAUGAUGAAUUUGUUGUUUAUAAAACCAGUCAAGUUAAAAUGAAAUACAUUGUUAAAUUUCGCAUUCCUGGAGACCAAAUAAAGGACUUCCAUCCUGAUGAAAAUACUGAAUUAGAGGAACACAGAGCUGAGCCUUCAAAUGUUUCAAAGGUUGAAGAUUUCCAGUUACCAGACGUCAAGCCCCUCACCAACGUCAAAGCUGGCCUUCAGGACAAAUCUGCGAACUCUGUCCCUCUUGACAGUGUUCACAUCAGGGGAAGAAUAAUAGACUUUGUAGCCCAGAUCAUUGUUUUUCAGACAUACACAAAUCAAAGUCACGUGCCUAUCGAGGCAAAAUAUAUCUUCCCUUUGGAUGAUAAGGCAGCUGUGUGUGGCUUCGAGGCAUUCAUCAAUGGGAAGCACAUAGUAGGAGAGAUAAAAGAGAAGGAAGAAGCCCAGCAGAAAUACCGAGAGGCUGUCAGCCAAGGCCAUGGUGCUUACUUGAUGGACCAGGACACUCCGGAUGUUUUCACUGUCAGCGUUGGAAACCUUCCCCCUCGGGCUAAGGUCCUCAUCAAAAUCACCUACAUCACAGAACUCACCUUCGAAAGCCCUGUGGCUGUCUUCUUCAUGCCUGCCACCGUAGCACCCUGGCAACGGGACAAGGCUUUGAAUGAGAACCUUCAGGAUACAGUGGAGAAGGUCUGUAUAAAGGAAAUAGGAAAGAAGCAAAGCUUCUCCCUGGCUAUGUCCAUCGAGAUGCCCUACAAGAUUGAAUUCAUCUCCAGUGACACACACGAACUGAGACAGAAGAGCACCGAUUGCAAAGCUGUGAUUAGCACUGAGGAAGGCUGCUCCUUAGACAGCUUUGGAUUUUCUCUUCACAUUGUUCUGCGUGAUGCGUAUCUCCCAAGAAUGUGGGUUGAAAAACAUCCAGAAAAAGAAAGUGAGGCUUGCAUGCUUGUCUUUCAGCCGGAUGUGGCGGCCACCCUUCCUGACCUCCGUGCAAAGAAUGAAGUGAUUAUUUGUCUCGACUGUUCCAAUUCCAUGGAGGGUGUGACAUUCAUGCAAGCCAAGCAAGUUGCCCUGUAUGCUCUGUCUCUGGUGGGUGAGAAGCAAAAAGUGAACAUUAUGCAGUUUGGCACAGGUUACAAGGAGCUAUUUUCCUAUCCUAAGUACAUUACAGACAAUAAAGUGGCCACAGAGUUCGUUAUGUCUGCAGCAUCCGCCAUGGGGAACACAGACUUCUGGAAAGUUCUCCGCUAUUUAAGUCUACUGUACCCUUCUGAAGGGUUACGGAACAUUCUCCUCAUAUCUGACGGGCACCUCCAGAGUGAAAGCCUGACACUGCAGCUUGUGAAGAGGAACAUCCAUCACACCAGGCUGUUCACCUGUGCUGUCGGUUCUACAGCAAAUCGUCACAUCUUAAGGACCUUGUCUCAGUGUGGUGCUGGAGUAUUUGAAUAUUUUAACUCAAAAUCCAAGCAGAGUUGGAAAAAACAGAUAGAAGCCCAAAUGACCAGGAUGCAUUCCCCGAGCUGCCACUCUGUCUCCGUCAAGUGGCAGCAGCUCAGCAGAGAUGCCCCUGAGCCUCUGCAGGCUCCAGCCCGGGUGCCCUCCUUGUUUCACAAUGACAGACUCCUUGUCUACGGAUUCAUUCCCUACUGUACCCAGGCAACUCUGUGUGCACUCAUCCAAGAGAAGGAAUUUCGUACAAUGGUGUCAACUACCGAGCUUCAGAAGACAGCUGGGACUAUGAUUCAUAAGCUGGCAGCUCGAGCGCUGAUCAGAGAUUAUGAGGACGGUAUUCUCCAUGACAAUGAAACCAACCACGAGAUGAAGAAAAAAACCAUGAAGUCUCUGAUUAUUGAACUCAGUAAGGAAAAUUCUCUAAUUACACAAUUUACAAGCUUUGUGGCAGUUGAGAAAAGGGACGCUAGUGAUAUUCCUUUUGAUAAUGCCCCAAAUAUUUUGGAACUUGUUGCCAAAGAAGAUGUAGACUUUCUGCCAUACAUGAGUUGGCAGAAAAAGUACCCAGAGGCCUUCGUAACACAGGCAGAGUCUGAGUGUUCGGGACUAGAGCAGGAUGACGUCACCAACGGCAGCAGACCGCUACAGGAGCCGGAAAUAAACAUCAGAUACUUUGCAGCCGGCACUCCAUUAGGCAGGUUUGCCUCACCUGAGCCCUUCUCGGUCUCCUCUGAAGGGAAGGAGAAACAGCCCCAGCUACAUUUGGCUAAAAAACACAAAAAAAAGCUAAGGAGAAGUUUUCAAGAAGUUUCUGAAGAUUUUGAAUGCGUGACCCCAGAGCCACAGUCUCGUGCAGCAGCAGAGUCUCUCAAGGUCCACUCACAAUCGGAAGGUGUGGGCCGGCCAUUGGGUGUGAAUCAUCUGGCGUCAAAGAAAAGAGAGGGGGGAUUUAAAAGAAGUAUGUUGGCGACUAAAGCAACAUGCGGGGCUGCUCCCGUGGAUUUUUCUGCUCCUGCAGAUCUGUUCUCUUUCCUUUCUCCCUGCAGCGCCCAGUCUGCUUUGUUCUCUCCUCUCAGCGACGUUCCCAGUGCCCUUCCUCCCGCUCCCCCUCUCCCUGGUGGCACCCACUUUCCUCUCUCUCCCUCUCCCCCAGGUGCCCCCUGUCUUCCUCCCGCUCCCCCUCCCUCCGGUGUUGCUAGUCUUCCUCCUCCUACCCCUGUCCUUUUUGGCAGCCAUUUUCCUCCUCCUCACAGAAAAUUCAUCCCAGACAACUCACCUGUGUUUGGCCAAAGCCUUAAGCCUGUAGGAGGUACCAACAUCUUCCAUGAUUCGGGGUCUCCUCCCGGGCAGCUUUUCUCGGGCUUUGGCAGUGUUACUGCUUUCUCAGGUGGUUUCUCCAGUUCAAAGAAAGUUUCCCAAAGGCCCGACGAGGCAAUUCUUGGCCUUCCUCCUCUCUCCAGAGUUCUUAGCUCUGGGCAUCCCCGGAGGCCUUCACAAAGUGCCUCCCUCCCUCGGGGACCUGAGGACAGAAUCGCAGAUACCAAAAUGGAUUCAGGUGAAUCGGCUUUCUCCUUUGAGUCUCUCUUCUCAAAUCGUUCUGCCAGUGCUGCGCCAUCAGAUGGCUUACAAGGCCUGGGUUUUCAAGACAUGGUUUUGCCUGCCUCUUUCGAAGCAAAAAUAGAUGAAGCGGAAAUUGAGGAAGCAAUACGAUAUGAAGCGUGCAAGAUAGAGACUUAUGCAACAAAGGACGCUUGUGCAGAGGAAGAUGAGGAAUGUGUGGCCUUUGAAAGCUUUUCUGCAACAAAGAACGCUUGUGCAGAGGAAGAUGAGGAAUGGAUGAUCUGCGAAAGCGCUUCCGCGGAAGAAGAUGAGGGACGUGUGGUCUCUGAAAGCUUUCCUGCACCGUGGACUUCGCUCUUUGCCCUACAAACUGAGGAUGGUUUCUGGAAACUGACACCAUCACUAGGAUUUAUACUAAAACUUAAUGUAAAUAUUCUACACAAUUUUCUUGAAGAAAAAGGCAUUCGAUCUCUAGGUACAAAAGGAAGAGACUGUCUCCUAGACCUAAUUGCCACCUUGCUGGUACUGCAGUUUCUUCGAACCAGGUUGGAACAAGAAGGGAUGGUUGCCAAAUCACUGAUGAAGAUGGAUGACACCUUCAUCUCCAGGAAUAUUCCAUGGGCUCUUGAGAACAUAAAGAAAGCAAGUGAAUGGGCCAGAAAAACAGAAGGCCAGUAUCCAUCCAUCUGCCAACGGCUUGAGCUGGGUAAAGACUGGGAGUCCGCCACAAAGCAACUGCUGGGGAUGCAGCCCCACGCCAACAGCUCUCUCUACCGACUUCUACAUUGCAAUCAAGGCUGAAUUCAAUGAAAUUUCAUUUUAAGCAUUUCUCAUAUAUCUUUUUGUUGUUAUUUUUUUUUGUUUUUGUUUUGGUGUUUUGAGAUAGGGUUUCUCUGUGUGGCCCUUGCUGUCCUAGAACUCACCCAGGCUGGCCUCGAACUCACAGAAUUCUGAUUUCCUUUGUCUUUCAAGUGCUGGGAUUAAAGGUGUGGUGCACCACCACCUGACUGCCUGUUCAUAUUUCUAUGUAGAAAAUAAUCAAAUAGUAAAAGGUACUGAUAAUGACAUGUAUUAGUAGU